AUGGGAGCUUGCUGCACUUCAUCUUCCACACCCCGCUGGCUUCGGGAGAACCCGGCCGCCUCUGCAAACUGGCCCUGCUCUUCCUCCGAGCAGCUCCGCACUCUGCAGGCGAAACUGGCGAAGCUGGGGAGAGGACCAAGAGGACAUGGCCCCGAUGAGAAACUCAUCGAGGUCUUUGGCCGAAAGGUUGAAGGCUGGGAAGCUGCCAAGGACGUCAGCCUGCAUGUGAGCUUCACCCGGAGCUUAGAGGAGGCUCUGCCAAAGAACCCUGCCAUUGAAGGCCACCGUUCCGAGCUUCUCCACCAGCUGCUCCAGCUGUCGCCCGCCGUCGAAGACGACGUCCGAGUUUUUGCACGCGCGACGGCGCUUGGCGCGGCGAAGAUUCGGAACAAGCUCUGUAGCGAGCAGGGAGGAAGCUGGAGAUGGGACAGCGAUAUGCCCUUCGAGAUGGUGGUGGGUGAUGCCGUGGUCAAUCCCGACGACGGUCUCGUUUUGGUGCGCUCCGGGUGGCUCGCAAAAGGCGUGGUGUAUCGGGAGCGCGGUCAUGACGAGCAAGGCUUCGACAUCAUUCGUAUCCAGCUGAAGACGCACAAGGCUUUGAAGGAGACCUAUGUAUUCUCUAUCAACCUUGAUUCUAACAUGUUUAAAGAUGCCUCCUGA